AGACGAAGGGGCCCCGAGCCCUCUAGGCUCAGCCGGGGAUGUUCCACGGCAUCGCGGGCCCGGCCGGGAUGGGCGCGCCCGGGAAUAAACCGGAGCUUUAUGAGGAGGUGAAGCUCUACAAGAACGCCCGGGAGCGGGAGAAGUACGACAACAUGGCCGAGCUGUUUGCGGUGGUGAAGACGCUGCAGGCGCUGGAGAAGGCGUACAUCAAAGACUGCGUCACCCCCAACGAGUACACGGCGGCGUGCUCGCGGCUGCUGGUGCAGUUCAAGGCGGCGCUGAAGCAGGUGCAGGGCGGGGAGAUCGGCAACAUCGACGACUUCUGCCGCAAAUUCCGGCUGGAUUGCCCCCUGGCCAUGGAGAGGAUCCGCGAGGAUCGCCCGAUCACCAUCAAGGACGACAAAGGGAACCUGAACCGCUGCAUCGCCGACAUCGUCUCCCUUUUCAUCACGGUCAUGGACAAACUGCGCCUGGAGAUCCGCGCCAUGGACGAGAUCCAGCCGGACCUGCGGGAGCUGCUGGAGACGAUGGCGCGGAUGAGCUCGCUGCCCCCCGACUUCGAGGGACGCCACAAAGUCAACCAGUGGCUGCAGACGCUGAGCGCGAUGUCGGCCUCGGACGAGCUGGACGACUCCCAGGUGCGGCAGCUGCUCUUCGACCUCGAGUCCGCCUACAACGCCUUCAACCGCUUCCUGCACGCCUGACGCCGCCGGGACCGGCCACAACCGGCCCCGACCGGUCCAGACCGGAUCACACCGGUCCAGACUGGAGCCAGCGGAGUUUGGGAUAAUAAACGGGGUGAGAAAAUCCCAAAAAUCC